CUUACGCAUGAUGAUUUCUUUGCCCACGUUGCAUUUGAGAUGCGCAUGCACAUUUAACAAUGGUGAUUUUGUUUUUUUGUUUUUUUGAGAAAUUAAUUGCACUAGUUGAUUGCUUCUUCAGCCAAAUUAAUUAAUUUAUUCAGUUUGAUUGGCAAUACCAUGCAUGGAUAUAGAACACAAUCCUGUAGAGAUUUCUCAAAGAAAAAAAAUAUAUAAUGCAGGUCAUGUUUCAUAAUUAAGAUCUUGAUGCAGGAAUUCAAAAGAUCAACUACACCGUAUUUUACAAUCUUUUUUCCAGCCUCGCACCUCUUAACAUUCACCAUGUGGGGUCUGUGUCUUCUUCUCUACAAUCACUUCACACCCUUAGGGCCAAGUGGUGUGUGUCCUGAUUAUAAUAUCCUUUAAAUUCCCUGGAAUUUGGAUCCCAACAUUAUUAUUAUGUCUUCAGAAAUCUUGUUUAGCAAUUUUAUUUUGUAGUGUGCUUCGAGGAAGUACUGUCAUCAGAUUCAGGCUUCUUUAAUUUAUAUCAGGUGCAAUGCUAAAAUUCAAGUGAACCAUGCAAUAUUUGAAGAAUCACGCUACAUUUGCUUUAAUAAUUUGGAUUCGGACCCCAUUUGUGCACUCUAGUUGAAGGUUCAGAUCAGUUUUUUUUUUUUUUUAACUUGCUUCUCUGCAAUUUGGUGGUUCUGUUAACCAGCUUGAAGGUCUGCUCUUGUUUAGUUUACUUGUGCGUGGAGAACUUUUUUUAACAGGGUGCCCUUUUUAAGUGCUUGAAAAUGAGAAUUUGUUUUCUGAAGGAGUUGUUGUUACCAGUUGAGGUUGCAUUGUUACCAUGGAUUCCAGUCAUGAAGGGAUUCAGAUGCUACUGACUGCAGAGCAGGAGGCCCAACAAAUGGUAGCUGCUGCUAGAAACUUGAAGACAACGAGGUUGAGGCAAGCUAAAGAAGAAGCUGAGAAAGAGGCAGCUCUUUAUCGCACCAACAUGGAAUCUGAGCACCGAAAGAAAGUAGAUGAGACAAGUGGGAACUCUGGCUUCACAGCGGAACGACUUGGAGAGGAAACUGAAGAGAAGAUUCAAAACCUGAACAAGUCAGCCUCUGAGGUCCAGUCAGAUGUUGUUGACAUGCUCAUCAAGUAUGUUAAGGCCGCAAAGUGUUGAUGCUCGAAGAAAGGAAGGUUAGUGUGGAGCUUGGACCGUGACCUCCUGCUUUAAACGAGAAUCACCAUGCAAAAAAAAUUUGUUAUCCGGUCUCAGGUUCAGAGCAGUAGCCUGCAACGAAGAAGGGAAAGGAAUGCCUUUAUGAUAUUUAUUUUUUAUUUUUUGAAACAUUAACUUAAUAUUUGAACACUAUUCCUGUGUGUAAAGCUUAAUCUUCCCCUUUUAACAAAUAAAAUCUAAUAUUUUUUGCUGUUA